AUGUCGCGCGCCAUGGCAGCGUCGCUGGUGCUUCCAGACAGCAAAUACAGCGACAUGACGAUCUUGUGCGAGAAUCACAGCUGGGACGUUCACGCAGUCAUCGUAUGCCCGCAAUCCGGCGUACUCGAGGAAGCUUGGGACUCCGACCACACGGCUUUCUACUCGAAGCAGAACCCAGAAGUCCUACAAGCAGCCAUCGAAUUCUUCUACAGCGAAGACUAUCGGGAGGCCACUGGCGGCAAGGCAGCAACAUCGACUUGUUCUGUCGUGUUCCACGCGCGCGUUUACGAUGUCGCCGAGUAUUUGCAAGCUCCGAGUCUUAUGAUCAUGGCGGCAGGAAAGUUCCAAAAGGCAUGCGAAGACCUCUGGGCCAGUGAUGGAUUCGCGCUCCUAGCCAAAGCGAUCUAUUGCGGAACGGAGUUGGACGGCCGGCUCUUCAAAAACGAUCACGAUGAGCUUCACAUUCGCUUCCUGACGGUCGCCAAAGCCCACGCUGCAGAUCUGUUCCGUUUCCAAGCCGUGGGCAGGGAGUUCAGAGACACACUUCGUCGUAUUCCAGCUCUUCAUACUCUUAGCUUCGAGCUUGCAGAAGCCCUGGCCAGUCAAUUGAGGUUGGCUGACAAGCGAUGCGCCGCAAUCGGUCUGGCCGAAGCUGAAGCCGAGCUGGUGAUGACAGAUGUUUCGUGA